CUCGCCGUGAAGGAGCUGAACCAGGGAGAGCAACAGCAGAAACACCGUCCACCAGGCGAAAGCAAGACGAGUAUUCCAACCGUGGGCGCUGCCCUUUCUUCCUCGCCAACUCUCCUCUCCUCUCACCAACCCAAACCCGGCCCCUGAACUGGACCACCGCAGCUAAGAAUCCACCCUACUCACUCACUCAAUCAAGAGAGACAGAGAGAGAAGGGAGAAGUAGGGAGCGGGAGCAAGAAGAUGGGGCAGGCGCUGCGCAGGCUCUUCGACAACUUCUUCUCCACCAAAGAGAUGAGGGUUGUGAUGCUUGGUUUGGAUGCUGCUGGCAAAACAACAAUACUGUAUAGGCUGCACAUGGGGGAGGUUCUUUCGACAGUCCCAACAGUAGGUUUUAACGUCGAGAAGGUUCAGUACAAAAAUGUGGCAUUUACAGUCUGGGAUGUUGGUGGACAAGAAAAGCUCAGACCAUUAUGGAAGAUGUACCUCAGCAAUUCCGAUGCAUUGAUCUACGUUGUUGAUUCUUUGGACAGAGAAAGGAUAGGAGAUGCCCGACAAGAAUUCCAGACCAUUAUCAAGGACCCUUUGAUGGCAAACAGCAUAAUCUUAAUAUUAGCAAACAAACAGGACUUGAGAGGUUCGAUGAGCCCGGAGGAGGUGAGCGAAGGAAUGGGCCUGCAUGAUCUCAAGAACAGAAUAUGGCAUAUACAGGGGACGUGUGCACUCCGUGGCGAGGGCCUCUAUGACGGUCUGGACUGGCUCGCGUCCACCCUGAAGCAGUUGCAGGAGACGGGCCAUGCUACUUCAGUCGCUGGACCUUCAAUCUAACUUUCACCGACAGAAAGUGACCUCGCAACGACAGUCAUGCCCAUCUACCGAUCUGUUCAUCCCACAAGAAUAUGAUCCACAUCACGCUUUAUAUUCCCGUGUGGCGGGUUGUCGCACAGGACGACACUCAUCUGAUAGGAACUUGCAGUGUAUCCUCUUCGUCCUAGGAUGCUUGCUGUAUGAAUGGGUGAAUGAUAAACAACACCUGUUAUGGUUGUAUGUGUGUAUACUUGAGGGGGAGCCACUUGUGUACGCGAUUGCUUUCUGCCAUUCCUAUUGAUGAAAAGAAAGAAAAAGCUUACGACUGUA